AUGUCGAAGGCAAAGCAAUCUGGAGGAAUCACCAUCUUUGUCACUCAGUUUCAUAGACGAUUUGAAUCCGGCCAAAGAUAUGUGGAAUAUCAAGUGUCGAAUCAUCCGAAAAUGGUGGUUAGGCACAAUGAAACAAAGAAGAAUAUUGUUUGGGUUAGGCAUAAUGAAACAAACACAGAUAUUGGUACUCAGAUUCAGGCUGGUAUUAAGGCUCUAUUGAUACCUGUGUUUAUGUCACAACUUCAUGAGGAUGAAGUUGUUAUUCUCUCCAGAUUUGGUGUUGGAGAAAACAUGGAUCCCUACAAAGUUGUUAACCAUGAUUACAAGAUUAACUUUUAUCGUUGUACGGUUGUUACACGUGCGAAUGGUUCGCAAGGUUUUGAUUACGGACUUAACUUCAUGGCACAUUCAGACAUUGUUAAAGGAGAAGGAAAGAAUCUGCUCACUAUUGGGGAGAAAGUCCGUUGUACUUUGUGGAAUGGGUAUGCACAACAAUUUAAUGAUAUACUGUCUCAAAACACUCCGAAUGAGAAUGUGAUGGCUGUCAUUCAGCAUGCGAGGAUUAAGAAUUGGCAGGGACAAUAUACUGUUCAGAAUGAUAAGUUUGGAACUCGUAUGUUUCUCAACCAAGAAAUUGAUGAGGUUAAUGAACUUCGUAGGAGUCUUUUAGUGAAACAAUUUGAAGCUGGUGGUUCUUCUUCUCAAACCAUACUUUCAUCUCAGAGCGUAUUUCCAGUCCGUCAAGAAUUUCUAAUUAAGACUACUAAGAGACAUGUUGAUGAGAUUAUUGAGAUUGAAAGCUUGAGCAUGUUCAAGGUACAUUUGAGGGUGCAAGAUGAAACCGCUAGUGUGUCUUUUGUGAUGUUUGACAAAGAUGUAACGAAGAUCAUUGGUUCAACUGCGAGUGAACGCCAAGUGAAGGUCAAUGAUACUGAAAGUUUUCCACAUGAAAUAUCUCGGUUGGUCGAAAAGAAGUUGGCUUUUAAAAUUCAAGUUUCUGAUUACAACCUUAACCAUGACUACCACGUUUACACUAUCCAAAAAGUAUGUGAUGAUCCGGACAUAAUUGCUGAAUUGGUUGCUGGUAAUGGUAAUGCUCUUGAGGUUGUUGAUGAGGUGUUUAGUCAAGAAGGUUCAGAAUUCAAAGCCGUUCAAUUAUCUGAAUCCUCACAGAUGGCCGGUGCUGCUAUUUCAAAGGAUGUUGUAUCUGUUACGGCCGACUCUUCCGUUGUCGAAGCCGAGAAGGAUUCGAGCACCAGUCCCAAUGGUAAACGUUCGGUGCAGGAGGUGGAAGGUCAAAAUGUUGGGGAACUAUCUUCUAACAACAAAAAGAAUCGGAAGAAGUCAUCUAGGCUUAACACUUAG